AUGGGCUUGGUUAAUGAGCAAGUGAAAGUUGAAAGGGCAAAAGAAACAAGCUUUGAGAGAGUUCUUAUGGAUAGGUUAAGUCAGUUUCCAGAUGAUAUACUCAUCAAGAUACUCUCCUUUGUCCGCACCAAAGAUGAUGUGGCUAUGAGCAUUUUGUCAAAAGGAUGGCUGUCUCUUUGGACAUUGGUGCCAAGAGUUAUCUUCGAUGAUUUCUCAGAGGAAGAUAACGAUGAAGACGAAGAGGGUAAUGAAAAUCACGCCAUAAGAUCUCUGUCGCAGUUUGUGUCUGGAACUUUGCUAUUACACAAGGCAGCGUUUAGCUUCCACUCCCUCGUGAAGCUGCACCUUUUAUCCGUUGUUUACUCAGAUGGCGAAUCUUUCUGUAGGCUUAUAUCGAAUUGCCCCGUUCUCCAAGAGUUAGUUGUGGAGAUUUGUCACCAACAAAAUGUGGUGACUUUCACCGUUGACUUGCCUUCCCUGAAGAAUUUUUCCGUUGGGAAUACGAUCCAAGAGAACCCGCCUGAUGAUCAUUUGUUCGUGAUACGUUCCCAGUCUUUGAAGCGGUUGAGGAUUGUUGACUAUUUUGGCCAACUUGAUUUGAUUGGUAUUCUUCCCAAACUUUUCGACGCGAAUUUCAAUCUAUUUCCUACCAUGCCAAUGUUCUGCAGUAUUUUACCUUCGUCAUGCAUCUUAAAGUAUGCUUAG